UGGGCGUCGUGAGAGGAGGUGGGAAGACGUGGCACUGAUCCUGAACUCCUGCCUUUACCUGCAGUUCUGAUGCGUGUUACGGUGACCCUCAAAGUGAAAAGCACAAAAACAGGUUGCAAGGAGGGAAACAGCAGGGUUAGAUAGAAAAGCUUCACUGACAUUGCACAGUAAUCCCUCUGCCUUUUGCCCGUCAGAAUAUUCAUCUUACUUUGAUAUAGCUUAACUUACUCAGUACCCAUAUGUUGGGGGAACAGUGUUGGGGGAACAAAGUAUCUUACAUCUGGACACUGUGGGGUGCCUGAAGCAGUACCUCAGAUUUGUGAUUACUGUGAAGACUAUGAAGCAUAUGUUAAAUCUGUCUCAAGUAGUUAUGAUAGUCUUCUGAGUCUAAAAGGAGUAAACUAUUGAUUUGUUUACUUCUUUCAAAUAUUCUCUUUUGGGAGGGAAACUAGCUCAUUUCAUUUUCUAUUCCCUUGGGUUAGUUUGGUAUGUGUUCUGUUUCCAGUAUUGUAGGAAAAUUAAGCUGGGAGAAUGGAUGUGCAUGUGAACUAAGGAGGAUGAUACUGAUUGUAUUAUAGCUUGUAAACCCCUUGGUUUACAAAAUAAAUCAGUGAGUCCAGUGCAUAGUGACCCUUUGUUGUGUGGUAACUGGCUUGUUACGUAGAAGGUAUUGCAGAUCUGAAAGAAAUGAUGCAAGAAAUAAAAGGAAAAAUGCAUUGGAGUUGCUUACACCUUGUUUUGACAAUAUCUAUGUAUUUUAUUAGUGCGAAGAUAAAGAAUGUCAUCCUAUAGUCCAUUGUGUCUGCCUAUAUUCAGCUUUGGUUGCCAAAUGUAUCUUUUAUGUCUCAAAGUUUUACCCUCAUAAUGUUUAUCAUUCCCCAAAGUGUCAUAUUAUUAAAACUUAUUUUGAGAUACUCAUGUAUACCUUCAAAAAUGAUAGAGCUUGUCUUUUAGCAUGAUUUCAUGUAGCUGUGGUUUAAGAGGUGCUUACCUUCAGCUGUCCAACCUGCCCCUCUGCCUAAAGUUUCCCUCCUUACAGCAGAGCUGGCAGAAUGAAAUGUGUGCCCAGUUUCAGCCACUCCAGAGCAAAAUCUGUCAGUUUAGCUUAAACUCAUUUUUAUUAGCAGUUCAAGCUAAGCCACUAGACUUUGCAUUGAAAUAGGUCAAGUAUGGGCUUGUGUUCUCUUCUGUCAGUUCCUCUGGGGAAGAAUAAAGCUCAAGACAACAGGAAAGAGGAACGUACUAAAAUGUCACCUGAAGUUGCCUUGAACAGAAUUUCACCAGCGCUCUCACCUUUCAUUUCCAGUGUGGUCAGAAAUGGAAAAGUAGGACUGGAUGCUACUAAUUGUUUACGGAUUACAGACUUGAAGUCUGGGUGUACAUCCUUGACUCCUGGACCUAGCUGUGAUCGGUUUAAGCUACAUAUACCUUAUGCUGGAGAAACACUCAAAUGGGAUAUAAUUUUCAAUGCGCACUAUCCUGACCUGCCACCAGAUUUUAUCUUUGGAGAGGAUGCUGAAUUUUUGCCAGAUCCUUCUGCCUUGCAUCUGUCUUUGAAAAGAGAAAACUGGAGGGAGACUGCUGAUUGUGAAGUGAUACAGUGUCACUCUAUAGUAAUACAUCUUGCCUUAAGGAUAAGUGAAGUCUACCGACAUGAACAAGAGAAAAAUAAUUUAGCUUCUUGGAAUCCCUCAAACCCUGAAUGCCUCCUGCUUGUUGUGAAAGAGCUUGUCCAGCAGUAUCACCAAUUUCAAUGCAGCCGAUUACGUGAGAGCUCUCGUCUCAUGUUUGAAUAUCAGACUUUACUUGAAGAGCCCCAGUAUGGAGAAAACAUGGAAAUCUAUGCUGGCAAAAAAAACAACUGGACUGGUGAAUUCUCAGCUCGCUUCCUCUUGAAGUUGCCUGUAGAUUUCAGCAAUAUUCCUACAUACCUUCUCAAGGAUGUGAAUGAAGAUCCUGGAGAAGAUGUUGCACUUCUUUCAGUUAGUUUUGAGGAUGCGGAAGCUACUCAGGUUUUUCCUAAGCUGUAUCUCUCCCCACGUAUUGAACAUGCUCUUGGAGGAUCAUCUGCCCUUCACAUCCCAGCCUUUCCUGGUGGAGGUUGUCUUAUUGACUAUGUACCCCAAGUAUGCCAGCUACUAACAAACAAGGUACAAUACGUUAUUCAAGGAUACCACAAGAGAAGAGAGUAUAUCGCAGCUUUCCUGAGUCACUUUGGAACUGGUGUGGUGGAAUAUGAUGCAGAAGGCUUCACAAAGCUUACUCUGUUGCUGAUGUGGAAAGAUUUUUGCUUCCUUGUUCACAUUGACCUACCCCUGUACUUUCCUCGAGACCAACCAACCCUAACAUUUCAGUCAGUCUACCACUUCACUAACAGCGGACAGCUGUACUCCCAGGCCCAGAAGAACUACCCUUACAGCCCACGCUGGGAUGGCAAUGAAAUGGCCAAGAGAGCAAAGGCAUAUUUCAAAACAUUCGUCCCUCAGUUCCAGGAGGCAGCGUUUGCAAAUGGAAAGCUUUAGACGACCUUGGGCAUUGAGGUGAUACCAAACAGAUUCUUCGGUCUGCAUGUGUCAGCCCCCAAGAAUUCCUGGAAGUAGGUUGGAUCAUCUCAAUAGGUGCUUUCUUGCCUCAGAAAUGUGUUUGAUUGCUUCAGUUUUUGUCUGAUUUAUGAAACACAGACCUCAGCUAGUAAGCUCAAAACCAAGUAUUUGAUAUUCACCCCUAUCCCAUUGCCUCUGCCACCACCACUCCUUUAUGUAUAUACUGGAUUAAUUUUAAAAGUGUCUGUUUAGAUGUGAUACCAUUUUUCUGUGCCAAAAAUGUCCUAUAUGUUAUGCCUUGUUUCAGAACUGCUUGUCUUCAGAUGGUGUUAAUUGGAUUUUUUUUCACAGAAAUAUUUUGACUCUUUUGAACCUUUGUAUAUUUAGUUAACAUUUCCAGUUUAUCCUAAGAACAUAUAAGACUGCCAUAUGUACCAGAAAUGCCUAAUGGACUCCAUAGUGCCAUAUUCUGCCUUGGAUGAUUGCAUCUAAUUAUGGUUGUUACUCUCACAGGUUUGGAUAUGAAUUGUGCAGUUCAAUUCUCAGUGCCUUUCAAGUUGGUCUGAUAGUAAUAUGGCAGGGUUUGGGAGUUUUUUUUCUUUUUAUUAUAUUUCAGUUGAAAGCUCAUCUUGUAUUGAAUGCUAUGUUUUUAUGCUUUGUUUUUAUUUCCAGUUGUACACUUUCAGUGUUUUUCUAAUGAAUUUUCCUUUCUGUUGUGAAAAAGUUCUACCGCUUUAGUACCACUGCACAAGGAAGUAGUUAUAUAAAUUAGUAUAACAAAAUAAAGCUCUUUCCUAGACCUAUAAUUUUUCCAAGUAAGAUAAAUACUACGAAGGAGCAAAUUUUUAACAAAAGAAUGAAUGAUCCUGUGGAAAACAACUGAUAGAAUAAUAUAGGGCUAUAGAUAUAUUUAGCUUAAUGCUUAAGUUCAGCAUGUCUUCUCAGAAAUUAUUUUAAGUGUAUAUAACUGGAAACAUUACCUCCCCUAAUUCUGAAAUGCCAAAUGCAAAAUCCUGCCUAUUCAUCCUUCCUUCAUGCUGUGUGUCAGGCGAAGCAGAUACGGCUAACUCUCAUGGUGUCACUUCCCAAAUUAAUUUGUAAAUAGACCAGGGUACUUUCCAGUAAGGAAUAAAAUUAACUGUGUAUGCUGUUUAUAAAUGGCAUAUGGAAAAUGUACCCUACUUCUGCUAAAUGUAAGGAACUAAAUGAAUUGUAUGCAGUUUAUACAGUGGCACUGAAAAAAUAUUUAAUUUGAAAUUAUUCACUAUAUCACCACUAUCUACUUGUGCAAUGGAAUCGCAUCAAAUUAAUUGAUUGGCAGUAUUCCCCUAGCCUUUCUGACACUUAGGAUAUUUACUAAAUUAGUGCUUUUCUGUGGAAUAUCCACCUAAGGAAUAUAGAUAGAUUUUGUGCAUCGAAGCUUACUAAUUAAAAAAAUAUGCAAAUAAUUUGACUCUAGAAACCACAGAUAUUUUUAGCUAGCUUAUACACAAAAUUUUAGCUUGUGUCUUGUAGUGAAGUUCUUGACUGGAAAUUAAGCUGCAAUCAAAAUCAGAGGCCUUAUUUCAAAUCUGCUGAAACGGGGUCCUGUUCUGUUCUCUGACCUGUCCCCCUGUGACUCUGGCUACAUUAUAGGAGAGCAGUAAACAGCUCCAGAGGUCUGAGGCUGCGUUCUCUCUGUGGAGGCAUUGUGUUGGGCUUUUGUAUGCAAACCAAGACCUAUAGCAGACGUGGGGGGAUUCGGUUUUAUGUGAAUAGUAAAACUGUAAUUCAACAACCUUAGAUGACUGAAAACAGAGUUUGUAGUUCAAUAUAUUGAGGCAGUAUAUUGAACUAAACAGAGUUUUUAGUCCAAUAUACUGGAACAGUAUAUUGUUCAGUAUACUGUGACAGUCUCAAAUCUGCAUUUCUUCAGGUAAAAAUCGAAGCCACACACACACACACACAUUCAAGAAUAAGCUAACUCUUGUGACUGGGGAGGGAAGAGGAGGGCUAAUGAAAAACAUUUGUUCUCAUAAUAUUCAAAAUCUUAUAGAAACAAUCUCUAGUAUCUUCAAAAGGAAAAAAAUCUCAACAAGUCUCAUCAGUAGAUCCCUGGAAUCUUACAUUUUAUAGCAGUGUUUGAUUCAGUGUUGUAGUUACUGCCCCAUGAACACAGUAUUAGCUUUAUAUUUUUGAUUGCCCGUGAUACAAGUGUCACCAUUUUUUUUUUUUAAUCUUUUCAGUAAUUACCAUGAUGCUGUGAAAGGCUAGCAAUUGCAAAACCUUUAAAAAGGAAGCCCAUUCUUCAUAAUUCACAUAUUUAACCAAAAAUGCAUCCUUCACCUUAGUCUUAAUAAUUUUGGACAAAGGACUACUUCAUUGUUAAGGUCCAAGUGUUGCGGAAGCUUUGUAAGAAAAGACUUUGAGGAUAUAAAAAGCCCAAACCAACCACUGGUUGUGCUAAGUUAACUGAUGUUUCACUGACUUUUCACUAGCAUAGGUAAAAAUGAACUGGUGGUUUCAGUCUGAUCUUACCUGAUGAGGUGUUCAUCUCUCUCAUACCACUGGCACUAUUUAGCAAAAAUUUAGGUAGAAAAAUUGAGAAACUAUAUUGCUUGUGUUUGAGAUAAAUUCUGUAAGCCUUUCAAUUUUCAGAUUAGAAAAAAGGUAUUUUUUCUUAAACAUAAUCAACAUCUGUGUUAUUUCAAAGCCCUCCUGCACUUUUUGACCCACCCAGUAUUUUACAGAACCCUUCCUGAUAGUUCUCAGAAGAAUGUAUUCUGGAUUUAAGCAGUAAAAAUGGGAUAUUAGGAGGAAAGACAUGGCUAUGAGUGAAUUCUUCUCUUCUAAAGGAAGAUUACAUAUAAAUACUAAAACAGAAGAUAGAAUUGCUUUGAAUAAUUUUAUAUCAAAUCAAAUAUUUAUUGAAGCAACUUAAGUUAGCCACAAGAGGUGUAAUUUAAUGAACUAGAGUUAAUUCAGGUAUCUCCUGUUACAUGAUAAUAUCCAUUUUGGCCAAUUUGAUGGGAAUGAGACUUCCAGGUCUUUCUUUCCUAUUGUAUGAUAUAUGCAAUUAAAAUGAACCAUCAAACCUAGGGUAGUUUCUGUGGUUUAUGAGAACCACAAAACAUGAGAAAAAUAGCAAUAUUAUGAGCUUAUCUGAAAGCUUAAGUUUACUUUGUUGGAAUUUUAACUGAAGGAAUGCAGUAAACCUCUAUUUACUAGACCCCAUUAAUGCACAAUUUUCCAAAGGUGCAAAGGUUUUAAAGUGCAAACUUACAGUUGAGCAUUUAUUCAUCUGUGUACGUAAUCCACUGUGCUAAAAGUAAUACCAAAUCAUUCAGAUUCAAAGCUAGACUUUUUGUGAACUUGCUGAAAAGCCUGGAUAAACAUCUGGAAAAAUAAAUAAAAAAUAACAAUA